AUGCCUACUCUCGUGGUUCUCGGCGCCGGCAUGGCCGGCCUGCCCAUUGCCCACCACGUCUUGAAGCACACAUCUCCACUGGUCAAGGACCUCAAGGUCAUCCUGGUGACGCCCAACUCUGAACACUACUGGAAGUUCGCUUCCGUCCGCGGCGUCGUCCCCGGCCAGUUCGGCGACGACUUGCUCUUCCAGCCCAUCGCGCCCGGGUUCGCCCAGUACCCCCAGGAGAGCUACGAACUCGUCUUCGGCAAGGCCGAGACGCUCAGCGCGGACAAGAACACCGUCGUUGUCGUCACCAACGACGGCGCCCGUCGGACCAUCGCCUACGACGCCGUCGUUAUCGCCACGGGCACCCGUGCCAAGGAGGACAUGCCGUGGAAGGAACUCGACACCACGGAGGAGACCAAACGGGCCCUUAGCAGCAUCCGCCAGCAACUCGCCGACGCCAAGACCAUCGUCGUCGCCGGCGGCGGCAUUACCGGCGCUGAGACAGUCGGCGAGAUCGGCUUCGAGUACAACGGCAAGAAGGACGUCUACUUCGUCUUCCACGACGACCUGCCCCUCGGCGACCCCUUUAUCCAGAGCGUCCGCAAGUCUGUGCUCAACGAGCUGCAUAGGAUGAAGGUCAAGACGAUCCCCAACACCAAAGUCACGAGCGUGAGCACUGGACCCGACGGACGCAAGACCCUCCAGCUCACGGACAAGAGCGGUCAGACCACGACCCUCGAGACGGACACAUACAUCCCUACCGUUGGCAGCAUCCCCAACACGUCGUUCCUGCCGGCGAGCAUGCUGGACGCGCAGGGCUACGUGAACCAGGACGCGAGCCUGCGCGUUCCGGGCCACGACAACAUCUUUGUCGUGGGCGACGUGGGCAACCUCGAGCCCGGGUACGGACGCAUUGCGGAUCUGCAGACGCAGCACGCGGUCAAGAGCAUCCAGGCGCAGCUCACGGGUGCGCCGAGGCCGGCCGACUAUGUCGCCGACACCAAGGUCCUCGCCGGCAUCACGCUCGGGCGGAGCAGGGCAACGGGCCAGAUGGGCACCUGGAAGCUUCCGAGUCUCGCCAUCUGGCUGUUCAAGGGACGAUACAUCGGCACCGACUACUCCAAGGACUUCGUCGCCGGCAAGAGGUCCUUGGCCGUAAAGAACUGGUGA